CUGGUUAGUUAAGUUUGAGCAUCAGAAAAAAGGUCGCGCAAAGAAGGAAAAGUUAUUAUUAUUUUUAUUUUUUUUUUUAUAAUAAAACGCAGUACUAAAUACUGCCACUUGGACUUUUUGAAGCCCAAACAGAGGCUGCGAGAACUUGAACCCUAAGGACUUUCUCUUAAAUUUGGAUUUACUGUUACGAGUGCUGAAUUAUUUUAUUCGCACAGACAUUCAAAGAAGUGAAGUCUCAGAAUGAAGCGGUCGUUGCUUUUUUUGUGGUUGUUGAUUCUGAGCUGUGACGGAAGCAGAGUGGCAGAGAGCGGAGAUGAUAAUAGUGUAUACGACUUGUUCGAGUUAGUUCGAGUUCAUAAGAAGAACCAUGGGGUGACCUUAGUAAAAGGACCAGAUCCAUACAGCCCCGCUUAUAAGAUUCUGAACCCGGACCUGAUACCCCCACUUCCCGAGACCACCUUGAGGGACUUGAUUGACUCCAUACAUGCAGAGAGGGGAUUUCUUCUCUUGGUCACCUUCAAGCAGUUCAAGAGGACAAGGGGAAGUCUUUUGACCGUGGAAAAGACGGAUGGAUCCGGACCGAUAUUCGAAAUAGUUUCGAACGGCAAGGCAAAUACGUUAGACGUGGUUUAUUCCACGGACAACAAGCAACAGGUGGUGUCGAUAGAAGAUGCAGACCUAGCGACCAGCCACUGGAAGAACAUCACCCUUUUCGUGCAGGAAGACCGGGUUCAGUUGUUCGUGGGGUGCGAAGAGAUCAACACCGAGGAAAUGGAUGUGCCAAUUUACAGUAUGCUAACCCAUGAUGUACCGGCAGUUGCGCGUCUGAGGAUCGGCAAGGGGGCAGUGAAAGACAAGUUUAUGGGAGUGCUUCAGAACGUACGCUUUGUGUUUGGAACUACUCUGGACGCAAUUCUACGAAAUAAAGGAUGUCAAAGUUCUACCUUCACUGAUACUUUUACCCUGGACAACCCAGUGAAUGGGUCCAGGCCAGCCAUUAGGACCGACUACAUUGGCCACAAAACGAAAGAUCUGCAAGCUGUCUGUGGAUUUUCCUGUGAGGAUCUCGCCAGCAUGUUUAAGGAACUCAGGGGACUUGAGGUGGUUGUCAAGCAGCUGACUAAAGAUCUUCAAACAGUGACCCAAAACAACAGCUUUCUGCUAUCCCAGAUACGUAAACACACCGGCAUCUGCAUCCACAAUGGCAUUCAGCACAAGAACAGGGAGGAAUGGACAGUAGAUGGCUGUACUCAGUGUACUUGCCAGAACUCUGCAACCAUAUGUCGUGAGAUUUCCUGCCCACUGAUGCCCUGUGCCAAUGCCACUGUUCCGGAUGGAGAGUGCUGUCCUCGCUGCGGUAUCCCAAGUGACUAUGCUGAGGACGGCUGGUCCCCCUGGUCUGAAUGGACCCAUUGUUCCGUGUCCUGUGGAAGGGGCAUUCAGCAGCGCGGCCGCUCCUGCGAUCGCAUCAAUAACAACUGUGAGGGCACCUCUGUGCAGACGAGGGACUGCUAUUACCAGGAAUGUGACAAGAGAUUCAAGCAGGAUGGCAGCUGGAGCCACUGGUCUCCCUGGUCCUCGUGCUCGGUGACGUGUGGGGAGGGCGUCAUCACCCGUAUCCGCCUAUGCAACUCACCGACUCCACAGAUGGGCGGCAAGGACUGUGUGGGAAAGGGCAGGGAGACGGAGACGUGCCAGAAGCCACACUGCCCAAUCAAUGGCAACUGGGGACCCUGGUCUCUGUGGGACACUUGCACUGUUACCUGCGGCGGAGGUGUUCAGACGCGUGAGCGUCUCUGUAACGAUCCUGCACCCAAAUAUGGAGGCAAGGAAUGUCAAGGUGAUGCUAAGGCAACACAGCUGUGUAACAAGCAGGACUGCCCCAUUGAUGGCUGUCUGUCUAACCCCUGCUUUGCUGGAGCCAAGUGCAGCAGUUUCCCUGAUGGCUCAUGGAAGUGUGGCAGCUGUCCCACUGGCUACACUGGAGAUGGAAUCAACUGCAAAGACAUCGAUGAGUGUAAUGAGGUUCCUGAUGCAUGCUUUGUGCACAAUGGGGUCCAUCGGUGCGAAAACACAGAACCAGGGUACAAUUGCCUACCGUGUCCCACUCGUUAUGCUGGAUCCCAGCCUUUUGGCAGGGGUGUGGAGGAAGCCACUGCUAAGAAGCAGGCCUGUGAACCUCGUAAUCCUUGCGUUGAUGGAAGCCACGACUGCAACAAGAAUGCCCGCUGCAUCUACCUGGGGCACUUCACGGAAACCAUGUUUCGUUGCGAGUGCAGACCUGGCUAUGCAGGGAAUGGACACAUCUGUGGAGAGGACACUGACCUGGAUGGCUGGCCUAACGCCGAUCUUGUAUGUGUGGAGAAUGCCACCUACCACUGCAAGAAGGACAACUGUCCCAACCUUCCAAACUCAGGGCAAGAAGACUAUGACAAGGAUGGUGUUGGUGACGCUUGUGAUAAUGAUGAUGACAAUGACAGCAUUCCUGACGACAGGGACAACUGCCAGUUCGUCUACAACCCCAGGCAGUACGACUAUGACCGCGAUGAUGUUGGAGAUCGUUGCGACAACUGCCCAUACAACAGCAACCCUGACCAAACUGACACAGACAGCAACGGGGAGGGUGACGCUUGUGCUGUGGACAUUGAUGGUGACGGCAUUCUGAAUGAGAAGGACAACUGCCCAUACGUCUACAAUGUUGACCAGAGAGACACUGAUCUAGAUGGAGUUGGAGACCAGUGUGACAACUGCCCUCUUGAGCACAAUCCAGAUCAGGUCGAUUCUGACUCAGACCUUGUGGGAGACAAGUGCGACAGCAACCAGGACAUUGAUGAAGAUGGUCAUCAGAACAAUUUGGACAACUGUCCCUACAUCCCCAAUGCCAACCAAGCUGACCAUGACAAAGAUGGCAAGGGAGAUGCCUGUGAUCAUGACGAUGAUAAUGAUGGAAUUCCUGAUGACAAAGACAACUGUAGGCUGGUGCACAAUCCAGAUCAGUUGGACACUGAUGGCGAUGGCCGUGGUGAAGCUUGCAAAUAUGACUUUGACCAAGACAAUGUUCCUGAUAUCUACGACGUGUGCCCGGAGAAUUUCGCUAUCAGCGAAACAGAUUUCCGCAAAUUUCAGAUGGUACCCCUGGACCCCAAGGGAACAUCUCAGAUUGAUCCCAACUGGGUGGUGCGCCAUCAAGGAAAAGAACUGGUACAGACUGUCAACUGUGACCCAGGCAUCGCUGUUGGUUUUGAUGAGUUCAAUGCUGUGGACUUCAGUGGAACCUUCUUUAUCAACACUGACCGAGAUGAUGACUAUGCUGGCUUUGUGUUUGGCUACCAGUCUAGUGCUCGCUUUUAUGUGGUGAUGUGGAAGCAGAUUACACAAACUUACUGGUCUAGUACUCCCACCAAAGCUCAAGGAUAUUCAGGGCUUUCCAUUAAGGUGGUCAAUUCAACAACUGGACCUGGAGAACAUCUGAGGAAUGCUCUGUGGCACACAGGGGACACCCAUGGACAGGUGCGUACCCUCUGGCAUGACCCUAAGAAUAUUGGCUGGAAAGACUUUACAGCUUACAGGUGGCACUUGACUCACCGACCAAGAACAGGACACAUCAGAGUUGUUAUGUAUGAAGGCAAGAAAAUCAUGGCGGAUUCUGGAAGCAUCUAUGACAAGACAUACGCAGGUGGAAGACUAGGUCUCUUUGUCUUCUCUCAAGAGAUGGUGUACUUCUCCGACCUCAAAUACGAAUGCAGGGACACAUAAAUGCACCAAUGAGAGGCUUUCAGAAGAAUGUACCUUUCGUUUAUAAAUAUAAUUUUACAUUGUAAGCCUUGGGACCAUAUCCUCAUUACUCUUUUCUUCUGCAACAAGUACAAUGGUGGACUGAGAGCAUGUGAUCAACUUCAAGGUAAUUUGACGUUGGGACAAACCAGCUGACUGCCAAAUGAAGAUUAGACCCCUCCACCAAAGGCAGGUAGAGCAGAAAAUGCAUUGCUUUGCUGAAAGGGAAGACAGCUCUCUCUCUCUUAAAAGGCUCUUUAUCUUUCUCUGCUCUGCGUGGAAAACCCUUCCAACAGAUGUCUAUGCACUUCAGAACUUAUCCGCUUUUCACUUCGGAUGGAGGUCCCAUGAAAAGACUGAGUAUUGAUAACCUCAGAUCUGCUGUGGACUAAAUUUUUAAAAAGGACAAACUUGUUUCGAGGAUGAAGAAAGCAAUAAGACUAUUUCAUAUUUUUCUGGACAUGGGUCAGAGACCCAUUGGAGAUUGUUGAGGGACAAAAUGGAGUGACUGUUACCAUGGAAGAGUGAUUGUGUUGAGUGUGUGUGUGUGUGUAUGUUUUUCACAAAGAGCCAGCUUGCCUUGUUUUCCAAAAAAGUAUCACAUUAUAAUUAUGUAGCUGAAGAAUGUGCUAGCUUUCUCAAAGCCUAAUAUGUCAUUCAUCUCCAUUUAAAGAACCCCAGAUUAUUCUUUUGAUUGAGAAAGAGGAACUAUCAUGAAAUCGUCCCGUUACAAAAUCCAAACCUAGUUGUUUUCGCCAUUGCUGCUGUAGUAAUGUGGCUGGCAGUCAACUGUUUCCUCAGUUCAGUUAACAUAGUUUUCCUCAGGGCAAGAUAUGAUUUCCUGAGUAGUUCCUCGCAUUAGAUAAUAUGAAAUGGGCCUAAAAACAAGACAACGGCUGGGCCACAAAUUCAGGCAUUUCUGUGUCCGGGUGUUUUGGCUUUUCGACAUUCAGAAUUAGGUUGCAUAACCAGGCAUAAAUGAAUUUUGUCAGGCAAAAUCAGGAUUGGAAACACUGGACUGAGAGCCAAAAUAAAAUCGGCUUCUUCUGCAAAAAGUAAUAGUGGAGGCAGUAAGUGGCAAGAAAAACAUAUGUAGAGAUCAAGCUUAUAAAAACAAUGAAAUGGAGGAAAAUAUUUAUAGAUUAUUUAUUGCUUUGUGUUUACUCAUCAUUGCUCAGAAGGAAAUAGGGGCAGGGGGUGGAACAGGUGGGCCUAACUCUCAAAGCAGGCGUCCUGUCAGUCUUUGAGAAGACUGUGGUUUGUUGGAUUGUAAAUAGGUCCAUAUUUAUUAAGUCUGCUCUCAAUGGAUAGGACAGCAUUGAACUGUGAUGUUCAGAAUUUGUCUUUGUCUGCCAUUUAUUGUUAAAAAAAAACGAACAAUGAGACUCCCCACUAACCAAAGUGAAACUGGAAAUGGGGACUUUCAUGUUUUGACCAGUCUGCAACAGACUGCAUUAUUAUCUUGUUCCCUUUGCCUUCCCCAAUCCAAAAAGACAAAUAGCAAAUCUAGAAGCACUGCUCCCCUGCACAGUAUGUAUGACCUGUGUGUCUGUACAUUUCUUUACAUUUCUGAGAGAAAUGAAAUAACAACAAAGAAAAAGUUGGAUGUACAAAUAUUACCUCAUUGUUGUUGUAGAAUUGAACCAGCAACACGUAAGAGUGUCUUUCCGCAGCAGAAUACAAAUUGGUUAAUUUCUCUAUUUAGCGCUACUGUAGUGGAACACUUAUUUUAUGCUGUAUAUAGUAAAAAAAUAUUUUUUGUAGGAGAGAAAUCCCCAACAGUAAAGAUAUUAAAUGGGAGACUGUUUUUUAUAAAUAUGUUGUGCUUUAUAUUAUGUCCAAUGCCUUUUAAAUGGAUAAAUUAUUAAGUUUCUCUUUGCUAUUUUAAGAGGUAAUUUCAUACAUGUGUAGAUAUAUGCUAUUUAAAUAAUUUAUCAGGAGAUGCACCAAGAGGUGGAAGCGUUUCUAUCUGUAUAAACUGUUUGCACACUGACGUGAGGAUGUUUUGUUCUUUACCCAUUUUGGUUUAAAUUUCUUUCCUUUUUAUACAUUUAGUGAUGCUUGUAAACAUUUUUUUCUUGUUUUGCCAUACAAAAAAGCUGUUUUUACUCAUACCAGUUAUUUUGUAACAUACAACAGAACAAUAAACAACAGUCCAUAAAAUGGAAAA